AUGGUGGUUAAACGUCGUGAAUCGCUGUCGUCCAUAUCUGGCGUUACACUGGCGUUAACUCGCCUUCACACGCGAACUCCAUCGAAUUCGGCAAUUCAUCGACUUUGUUUUUGGAUCGUCAUUCUGUUGUUUCAAUUGGAACACGCUACCAUUUACGAAUAUGCUGUACAAUUGUUGCAUUCGAAUCUCAUUCAUCUUGAUCAAAUGGGUGUUUUUGAACAUACUAGUCUGGAACGUGUCGCAAUGGAUGCUCGUUUACAUUUGGAAUGGGACUUGAAAGCACUCGAUCAGUGUGCUGGCCUUUCAUUUCGAGCCAAUUUCAAUUUUGCGCUAGCCGGAUAUUUGUUGAAGGGACUUAGACAACCGUUUCUCUCAGCACGUGUUGUUCAUCUACUACAGCUGAUCCUACGUAUCCAUGCCAAAACAAAUCAUCAUAAUCCAUAUGUAUUGACUAUGGAUAACACUCCAUAUUUGCUGGCAUUGUUGCCAUUUGAUCAAAAAGUUCAACGUCGUUUCCGCUUAGAGACAUCAACAGAUCAGCAGUUGACGAAAUCAGUUCUCCAUCCUCCGUGGACACUCAACAAUGCGUUACAAUCCGACUCGCCUGAGUGCGUUUCCCUUUUCUUGAUUAUUCUUGUGAGCAUUAUUUGUUUAGAUGGGCAAAGUGGCCCAUUUUCGCGAGCACAACCUACCAAGGUUGAGGUCAGCACUUUCGAAUCGCAUCAACACUUGAUGUUAUCAACUGUUCAAUGA